ACCACAGUGGGCAGGACUCAGACUCAGAACUGCUCUCUGUAGGAAUGUUCCACAGCUUUAGCACUCGGAAGAGGACAUGUCGGAAGAGCUGAAGGAAGUGGGAUACAGCUGUUAACCAGACCUCACACAGCUGUUAGCUGUAAACAUCUGCACCAUCACGGCUCUGCUUUAUUGCGGAUGUGUGCAGGAUAAAUAACAACUGGUGAUUGCUAAGUAGAACCAGCAGUCAUGAGCAACAACAUGUUCGGCGGCAGCAGCAUGCUGUUCCAUGCCAUCACAGAGGACCUGAAUGCCUCUUUGGCCACGGCGGACGAACUGUCUCGCGAAUUUAAUUCCCUCUUUCAGGAGAUCUCCAGCACCCCUGGAAACUCAACAACACAGAGCACGAACUCUAGACCAGAAGACACCACCAGAUACAGCAGCAGUGACACCAGUUCCAGCAGCUUCAACAGUGGAAAUUAUGCUGGCAUCAGCAGCAGCAACAAUGCCAGUAUCAGCAGUGGAAGUAGAAACACCAGUUCCAGCACCAUCAGCAGUGGCAACAGUGCCAACUUCAGUAGUGGCACCAGUGCCAGCACUGGUUACGGAAGCACUAUUUCCAGCUCUUCCAACAGAGAUGGAGGUGGAAAUGGCGGCACUUUGACCAGAAGCAACAUAGCUCUCCCACAAAUCUCAGCUCCCAUCAGAUACUCAGAGCCCAGCACCCGCUCACCUGACUCUUUCUUUUCCAGUGGCAGAACCAUUCCCACCUCCCCGAACCCCCUUAAUCAACCGUACCCUCCACAGGCUCGAAACACUUUUCCUGAACCAGGCUACCCUCGAGGAUCCCUGAGUCCAUCCCCACAUAGCCAACGUCGGGCAUCGCCAUCCCCCAUUAGGUCACACGAGAGGAACUUGAGUGGCAGUUUUAACUUCUCUGAGCUCCCACCCAGUCACAAAUACGAAAUGCAAUCUCUACCCAAUAUACUUCAAGUUCCUGGUAAUCCAGUAGCUCCCUACGACUCUGCUACUACAGGUCGCAGGUCACCCAGGAUGGACCCACUUCCUUCUACAGGGCCCUUUAGCCAACCGAUGGGGGGUACACUGCCUCGCAACUUCAUGCCAUUCAAAUCAGCAGAUGAUACCUUGUCGAGGCAGAAGAGCCCUUCCAAGUGGAACGAGACGGACCUGGACGUUUCUUAUGAGCAGAAACCACACCACACUUAUGAGAAGAACGAGUGGAUCAGACCGACUGUCUCCAACAGUAACUGGAGAGAAUCCAACUUGGACUCGCCCACCAUGCCCAGAAAGGAAAAUUUACAGCGUCAUCUCCCCGCCAUCGAUGGCACCUUGACCAGGACCACCCGUAUCACGGUGCCACCUGACCGUUCCUCACCUACCCAGUCCCAGUCGCAUUACUCCGCUCAGCCCAUUUCCCGCAUUUCCAUCCCUCCUGCUUCCACUAGGACCCGCCCGCACAGGCCCAUCCCGCUCUCCGUCAUCAUGAGGUUGCAGAACCCGUACUACGCGUCGGCUGCCAGACAUCCAUGUAUCCAGGAGGGUGAGAUGGUUCCCGUUAUGCCCAGCCAGCCCGUGCCCCUUCCCCGGGAGUUCCUUUACCACUUUCAACCUGUCGCUCCUUUGCAGAUGAAGACGGCCCACUAUGGAGAAGUGCCCAGCCUGGCUGACGUGGAUGCAGAAGUGUCGAGACUAAACUCACUAAACAAGCCCGCUCAACCCAAAACGGACACUCUCACUGAAGACCCAGAGCCGGACGCGCCCCCUCGGCCCCUGAGCCCCACUCGCCUGCAGCCUGUCGUGGCCCCCGAGGUCCCUCUGGUCCCGGAUCUGGAUGAGGUGCUGCGUAUCCGAGCAGAGAUCCCUCGGGCCCUGAAGAAGCGUGGCUCCACCGACAUGUCACAGAGCAUUAAAAUGAUGCCCGUCCUUCAGUCGAACCCUUAUAGGCAGAUGAUUAAUAAGCUGUUUCGCAGAAAAGGCCCUCAGACUAGGGGUGAGAUAGAAGGGGAGAGCAGCUCUUCAGAUGAGGAAAGCCCCUUACCCCAUACCAUGACCCUGCCGCAGCUCAUGACCAUGCCCAUGACACCCCAGCAGAGGGGUCUUCAUUCUAUCCUGAGGACAGCUAAAGGCAGUGGUGUUAGAGGUCAGAGCCCCCGUGCUCGUCUCAGUCCCCUGGUCCUGCUGCUAGAUGGUGCUCUGGUUGGAGAACUGGAUACGGUGCAGCGAGCUGUACAGGAGAUGAGUGACCCGAGCCAGCCGAACGACGAGGGCAUCACCGGCCUUCAUAAUGCCAUCUGUGGAGGGCACUAUGCAGUAGUGGAGUUCCUUGUACAGAUCAGUGCUAACGUCAGCGCCCCGGACAGCCACGGCUGGACACCUCUUCACUGCGCAGCUUCCUGUAACGACCGGAGUCUUUGCGAGUACCUGGUGCGUAACGGUGCUGCUGUGAUGGCGGUGACUGAUAGUGACGGAGCCACGGCGGCACAGAAGUGCGACCCAUACGCUGUGGGUUAUGAAGACUGUGAAAGCUUCCUCAGAGGGGUGGAGGAGGCGAUGGGUGUAGAGAACAGUGGUGUACUGUACGCUCUCUGGUCCUACCCGGCCCAGGCUCCUGACGAGCUGGGUUUUAGAGAGGGAGACAUGGUGACCAUCCUGGGGAAACCUGAAGGGGUCGACUGGUGGUGGGCAUCCCUCUGUGGACGUGAGGGCUUUGUUCCGAAUAACUACUUUGGGCUGUUUCCAAAGGUGCGUCCGAAGUCUCUGUGCUGAAGAGGAGCACCCCAUACAUCCCAUGGUGUUCCUAAUGCACCAUGACCAAAUACAGCCCACAUCGGUCGUUUUAAGCAGGAGAAUAUGAAAGUGUUUUUCAGUUGAGAGUUCAAAUCACAGGACUGCAAGAGCUGCUGUUGGGCCAUUCAGUAGUGCUAUUUGGAAAGAAAGGUUUCAUUAAGCAUCAUGAAUCAUCAUUUCUUCUUCUGAGGAACCCAAGAAGGUUUUUUUUUCUGUGUAGCUCUUAAUUAGAGGGUUUCUGCACAGGAACCAGUUUUGACAGUGAAAACAACUGAACACGGUUCUUUUGUGAAUGUUUCACUUUGUGACAUCCGUUUGGACAGUUUGAUAUGUUUGGGCAGGUGUGGAAGCUGUUUUCAAAUCAGAACACAUUGGGUGUAGAUCUUGGAUAUAAACUAGGUAGAUUGUGAUGUUGUGGUCUGCUGAUAAAUCUGACAUCUGACAUCUAAAGAGCUUCUGCUAAGCAUAGUACUAGUAAAAAUGUAUCUAUAACAGAAACAUGAUGAUUUUAUAGUGUCUGUAGGGGUUCAACUACAUAAAAUCAUUGCAAUCACUUUAUGAGGGAUGUUCUUAAACGGUUUGAUUAUUUUCUGAUACAUUUUGUGCAGUAUAUCCAAACAAAUCCAAAUGCAUCACUUGUUUAAAAAAUGUUUUUGCUAUUGACAGACAGUUCCAAAUGUUGGGGGUUUGUGGUUUGUACAGUGCUUUGGAUAAAGGUGUCUCCUGAAAGAAUGUAAAUGAGGCAAGAGUGUAGUAAAUAUAACCUUUCUUGUUUUUCUAGUUAACGGUUAAUGUAUGUAUUAUAGUAUUGAUUUUGGAUGUGCAGAGAUAUUGUGUUCUGUGUAUACGGUUAGUUUGGUGUUGUACACUUAUAUUUAAAAAAAAAAUGGCGCUUGGUAUAAGUAAACACACUUGGGCACAGCUAAUAAACUGCUAGCGUAAUGUAACGACUUUUUAUGUCAUUGUGAAAUCUGUACCACUUACAGGUGAACAUUACUUAUGUACAGUAUUUACUUUAGAGCACAUUUUGUAACAUCAAAGUGUUAAACAGAAAUGUAUAGUGCUUAUUUUAGUGCAAUUUCUUAUGUCGACCCUUCUCACUGUAGUGUGUGAGAAUGAAUGUUAGUUCUCUGAACAGAUCAUUUAGUUCCAAGUGGUGUACAAUGCUGCUUUAAUAACUAGUGUGAUUAUGUUAUUCAGGCAAUUGUAUGUAGUGUGUGUGUAAGAAUGUGUUUACACUGAUUAAAUAGAUUAAAUGAAA